UUCAAAGCGGGGGCGGGGCGCACGAGGCUCCCUUCCGCCGGGCUGCUUCUCCCCGCUCGGCCCGCCGCCCGCUCUUCCCCGGCUGCCUCGCCCGCCCCCCUCGCCUGGGUCUCUCUCUCUCUCUCGCCCGGCUUCCCCGCUCGGCCCCAUGGCGCGGCGAGGCGUCUCCGCCGAAGAAGCCCGAGGAGGGCGGCCGAGGAGGAGCGCGGCGUAAGUAGCGCCCGGGCCCCUUUCUUCCGCGAGAGAGGCCGGCCCCUUCGGUAGAAUAGAAAUAGCGGGGGGGAAACGCCUCGACGGGGCGCAGGAGAAAUGCUAAACUCAUCGAGAAAAGUCGCUAGAAGCAAGUAGUCAACAGCAUUGAAAGGGUUAAGCACAUUGAUAGCACAGAUUAACUUUAAAAAGAUUACAUUUAUUAUGUUAUUUGGAUGUUCUUUUGGAGAUAGUGCCCAAAUUCCAUUGCCUGCGUUAGCCUGGGGUGUCUUAUUUUAUGUUGCAACAACCCAAUAAAAAGUAGAAAAAGAAACUGAAACAUAAUGACAUUUAUGUGUUUUAACCCCUUUUUGACGCCUUUAAAUCUUUUAAGUAAAUAGUGUUCAGUGGCAUGAAGACAUAUAUAGAAGCUCUUCUGAAGGGAACUGGAAUUGUGAAUAAAACAUGUUUGCCAACCCUGGAAACAACCCCAGAGUAAUUUCACUCUCAUUCUUGCCUUUCCGUGUUGAAGAUGAACACCUGGAACCCGAGAAGAGCUGCUACUCCAGGCCAAAGGGCCCACCUGGUUUAGCACCCCUCUUCUCCCAGUGGCCCCCCAGAUGCCCCUGGGCAGAACCCAAGAGCCCUCUCCCCGUUGGUGAUUCCCAGCAACUGGUGUUCGGAAGCAUCGCUGCUCCAACAAUGGAGGCAGAGCAUCAUCGUUGUGGCUCAUAGCCGCUGAUAGCCCUCUCUUGCUCCAUGAAUUUGUCCAAUCCUCUUUUAAAGCCAUCUAGGCUGGUGGCCACCACGGCCUCCUGUGGCAGGGAGUUCCAGAGUUUAACUGUGCUGUGUGAAGACUCUUCCAAUAUUCAGCUUCCUUGGAGGGCCCAGAGUCCUAGGGAUGUGAGAGAGGGAGAAGAACCUUCCUCUGCCCCCUUUCUCCAGGCCAUGCAUGAGGCUGUAUACUUCAGUUUCCACACUUGGUGUUUCCUUCAUCUGGCUGUAAAUUCAAACAGCCUUUUGACUUCCAACACAGCCAGGCAGCGGCAUUGAGUUCUGAGGCCGCACCGAACAUGCAGGCUCUGAGAGACUUGCUCCCAGUGCUGAGGAGAGCCAUCCACCAGAGCACUUCAGAGUGAACCAAUUGAAAAGCAGCCAGUCUCCCAUCCUAAAUUGUAAAUGUCAGAACAUUGUGUGCUCCCUGCCAUAUGCCACUGCAGUGAAGACUUUUGAUCAAAGCUUCUUUCUGUGCAUUUAGAAUAUGGCUGUGCAAUGGCUAGCCACUUUCCUUUUAUUGUUGUCUGCUUUUCAGCUCCACGAGCUCAGGCAGCGAUGACGAGUUUGAAAACUGUAAGUAAAAGCUAAUUUCCUCAGUGGGUCUAAAGAUAAGUUAUAGCACAAAAAAACUACUUGUGUAGAAAGGAGAAGAAGAAGAAGAGUUUGGAUUUGAUAUCCCGCUUUAUCACUACCCGAAGGAGUCUCAAAGCGGCUAACAAUCUCCUUUCCCAUCCUCCCCCACAACAAACACUCUGUGAGGUGAGUGGGGCUGAGAGACUUCAGAGAAGUGAAGCCUGGAGAAGGAGUUACCCUCUUUCUCCAGGUUGCACCAACCCAGAAACCUUUUCCUAUGUACUGAUAGGUUCCCUUUCCAUUACGCUUUUGCUCUCAACUAAAAUUGGUUCUUCUGUUGCCUUUGGGGUUAACCUGGUCCCCAGCUUUAUUGGGGUGCAGGGAGGCUUGUGUUUUCUUCAGACUGCUGCACUGUCAGCAUCUCUUCUCACCCAUUUCUUCCCUGACAGUCGGUCCUGUUUCUGCCAUGGACCAGAGUCUCUUGGCCAAAGGUUUCUUCUGUUCCGCAGCUUCUGGGGUGAAGCCCUUUGCCAGGCAGGCAGAUUCCCUUUCCCUUGAGCUCCGUAACAGAUGCCACCUAACAUUGAAACGCAGCACAACCUCUGAGUAGGACUUGGUGGGAUGCCACCCCAGCACCUCAGGAGGGCAGGCUCUGUGUGUAGCAUCAGGACUGGGGGUGGGGCGGCUCAGCAGCAACCUGCCACCUGCUUCUGACUAAUUUCGGGUCAAUGGAUGGGAGGAGGAGGAGCCCGUCUGUAAAGGCGAGUGAGCCUGACAGUUUAACCUGUGACUCGUCUCUGGUGGGUCCUCCUGGGUACCCCAGAGCCCUGCUUAAAAACACCGUAUAUAAACAGCCAGAAGAAUCCCCAAAUCAGGUUUCUUCAGUGGAACGUUCAGCGUCUCCUUUGAGGUCAUUCUGCUGGGAGCAGCUUCAUGCUGGCAUCUGAGCCCCUUGAAUGUGGACCCAGUUUGUUCCUUCAUCCCUGGUUUCAUUUCAACGCUGGCUAGUUUUUGAAGCUGCCACCUUUGUGGGCUUUAGAAGAACAGAUUUCAGGAAACAAAAAAGUGACGUUUCUCCCCCUUUCAUGGUUUUGACUUAGUUUUAUCUAGAAUGAAGACCCCCAGACCUGCAACAUGCUGCGUUCCGAGGACACAGAGCAGGUGGGUUCUGCCAAAGGGGGGAGGGUGGGCUGGGUUUUUUCAAACAGUGAAUUGGAAAUCGUUUCAGCUGCCUGAAAGUGAGUAGAGCUCUGACUUGGCAUGUUUAUUUGAAUUACACAAGCCCACAACUUACACACCUUUAACUUGUGUGUGUUCAGAUUCAUGCCCUUGGCAUAAAUAAAUAAAUAAAUAAGAUAGGUAGAUAGAUAAAUAGAGAGGAGGUGGGCAUCCGGGAAAAAAGACUUUGGCAACCCCACCCACCACUCAGCCCAGUAUGUGUUUGGACUAUACAAGAUUUUGUCUUCAGGCAUGAUCCUGGAAUGCAACCCUUGUGUAAGUUGUGGGCUUACUGUAUAUUUCACAAGCAAGACCAAAGACUUAUUCUGCAUCCUUCUUUGCCUUCUGACGCUGCUGCCUUUGUCUCUUGUGUCCCAGAUUGGACGAUUCCAAGGAUGAUUUCUUCAGGUACCUCACAAGCAAAUAUGGAUCUGGCAAAAAAGGCAAGUGAUAAUGGAAAGAUCCUGCUGCCAGUUGGAGGAGGCUGGGUGAGCUGUCCUGGUCCAAGGCAUGUCAUCCAUGCGUUUGUCCAGAGGGCAGAGUAGCAUCCGGGUGUGUGUGGGGGGGUUUCCCACUUCAAAAUGGCCUGUUUUCUCCCCCCCCCCCUUCCAGGCUGUGUUUUGCCAUCUCAGCUGGGCUGAUGCGGCCCACGCAAUAAGCCUUCUCCCUCCCUGGGGACCCUGGGGAGCUCUGAACCUGGGGAGCAGUUGGUGGCCUCCUUUCACCCCACAGGAGUGCAGGAAUUUGGGCCCCAUGUUGGGGCGAUACGAGAUGGUUGGGGGCACUCACCUUGCUGUGAUUUUAUUUGCAUGCCACCCUUCCACAGUUCAAACCUUGCUCAAGGCAGCUUACAACAUAAAAAAGUAUGUGACUCCAACACAACAAAAGUAGUCAUAAACGAUACGUAGAACCUUACAAAAUACAAAACCAAGAAGCGCCUGUGAAAUGUUUUUUGCUGACUUGCAGGGCCGCGGUCUGCUCAGGCGCAAGAGGUGCCUGGGACGCCUGGAAAUGGGGCUGUUCCCUCUGCCUCGUUUCUGCCUCCCCUUGUGUUCAGCGAGACCGACAGCGACGACGACGACGACUCCGUCUUUGCCAAAGGCACCCCAGGGAACCCCCAGCAGCCCAGACGAGCAUGCCAGGCCCCAAAGUGGACCUGGAGGAGCUUGCCAUGCCCUGUCGCUCGCAGGGGCAGCCCCAACUCUCCCUUGCGCGAGGGGGAAAGGCGUUGCUGCACGGAUCAGUCUGGAGGCACCGCCCAGAGCCAAGAGGCGAGAGCAAGCGCUGUGCUGGGAUCUGACACCUCUGACGAGGAGAUGGACAGCCUCCUGGUGCGCCUGAAGCAGAAGAUGGUCCUUUCUGCAAGGAAGGCACCAGCGGCAGACCCCACGGGCACCUCCGGUAAGAGGCAGCUCUGCUCCCCCCUCACCCUGGAAGAGUCCUGGGCCAGGAGGGGGGUUAGGAGGAGGGGGCUUCCAGGGUCCUCCCACCCUCAAACCCCAUGGCCACAAUUCAGAGAUCACUGUAGUUUUGGCCCUCAGUUUGGUUGGGGGAAAGAAAGUGAGGAAGUGUUUUGUGCAGACGUAAUGUUAUUUUUCAAAAGAGAUUUCCUGGACUGUUGAGGAAAGGCUGGGGCCCCUCAGUCUUUCUUGGGAAGGAGAGUGAAGGCAGGCCGGGUCCUCAGCACCCACUUAACACCUUUGGGGGGGUGCAGGGCAAAGGGGGAGAUUUCCUGAAACUGCAGCUGUAGGACCUUAUUUGCCUUGUGGAAAGUGGGAGCUUGAGGGGAAAGGGAGGCAGCAAAGAAGCUUCAUUUCUGUAUGAGGGAGAAGAGCGAGAGCCAGCUAGACUGGACUCCCCUCUCCCCCCCCCCAAGGUACCUGUGAGAAAUCAUCUCUGGCUGGAUCCCCUGCUGCUUGGGGCAGGUGUCCACAGGUGGCGGGUUGCACAUAUUUUUGCUUGCGAGGCUCUCCGUACUGGAGCCGUGAAUAAGUGUCCUCCAUGAGUACAUUCUCCCUGAGCUUGAAAACAAUCUGCAGGACUAUUCCCCUCACCCCCAGUCAUUUUCAAACUGUCGUAUAAUUAGAAAUAUCCUCAUUUUAAGUAAUGUUAGCACAGUCCUGGUCCUGAGGACUGUUGGCUUCAGAAGUGUGUGGAAACGGGGAACUGGCUGAUGUUCGUUGGACUGGUGACUUGGGUCAGAAGAAGUUGGGGUUUGCCAAGGGCCCUGAUAAAGCGCCAUAUGGUAUGGGGGAUGUGGGAAUGUUCAGAGAAACAGGAGAGGAUAUAUUGCUUAUAUCCUUCCCAGCUUGUGUUAACAAGUUCUAUAAUUUAGCAGAGUAACAUUCCCCUUUUAAACUUUCACAGCGGAUAGGUUUGCCAGGCUUGUAUAAGCCUCUAAAAUAAGUUUCCUGGUAAAUCCCCUUUUAUUCCCUCUUAAAAGAAUAGACACAACAUAGUCUUAUAUAAAAGUAAAAAAUAGUUUACUCACACACCCUGUUCACAAAUUGAUUCCAGAAGGCAGUCUUAGCUUACAAAAUAUAUAUAUGUGGAAUCUGUCCCAUAAGGAGAUAGUUCCUUUGUCCUCUCUUGGCUGGAAGCCAAGAGAGCAUCUCAGGAAGGAGAUGUUGCUUCCUCGAGGAAUGGAGUCAGAGAGAGAGAUGGCUGCCUCCCCUGUGCUGUUUUGUUACCUGCACAGGUGAGGUCAUGCCCACCUCUGGUCACAUGUAGAGGAAGUUUGUCCCAGCCCAGGAGGAAACAGGAAGUUCCGACUGGCUGGUCCAGAACCCCCUUUUUAUUUCCACUCUAGGAAUAUUAUAUUUGACUGCUCUGUGUUUUACACCCCACAGGGGACGUGGCUGGGCUGAGUGUCCAGGGGAGUUGUCUUCCUCCGCCUCCCGUAAGGGUCAAGUCCUCUGGGUCACCUGAAGGGUUCAGGGCAGGCAGAAGUGCUGCUGCUGCUUUACACAAGGUGUUCGCUGACCCUCUUGCGGGAUAUGGGGGUGGCCAUGGGCUAGCGCUAGAGGGGGCUAAGGCAAGCUUAGGGAGCCCAGUCAGGCCUGUCGAGGCAGAUCUUGCUCACGAGGGCUGAGCAGAACCUGCCAGAGGAGAAGCCAACCUGCCUGAUCGCGGAUGUCAGGAGUGAGCAGCAGAGAAGGGCUCGGAAGUGUUUUGGUUCUGCACGAGGGGCAGGCGCUUGAGACGGGGUAGCUGGGCCAGGUGGGCCUUUGCUUGGGCCCUGCAAGUGUUUUAAGCUGCCAGACACUUGAUUGGGGAGCAGAAAGGGCUUGUGAAGCUGUUUGGCCAUGUGCUUUGCCCUGCCUUCCACUUGGGGCCUUGUCUGCCUGUGCUAAACCUUUGGCUUGUGAUUGGUAGAGAGAAGAAACGUCCCGCCUCCCCUUGGAAGCGCCCGCCCGGCUGUGAAGAGCGAGAGUGCCCUUCCCACGCGGCCCAGAUUGCCUCUUCCGGCCACGCCGAUCUCUGUGCAAGCUCCGAAGAGCAAGGUGCUCGGUGACAUCACCCCGUCCCACCAGACACAGAUGAGGUGAGCUCAUCUUCUGCUCAUGCCUCUGUUCCCAGCUUUGGACUCUGGCAAAGCAGCCGGCCCUGGCCUGAAGUGGCGAGCCUGGAAGAACCAGCAAGCCCAGCACCUCCUCCCUGAGGUCAUGCCCUCUGCCUUCCAUUCCUCUUGGCAGCUUGCAGACUGGGAUGCACGUUCUGGAUCCGGCCGCCAGUGUCAGUGGCUUCCACACAGGAGCUGCAGAAAAAUGUGGUUGCUCAAGCUAGCCAUGGACUCAGAAAGGUUGGCAACCUCUGGACUAGUCCCUGGUGAGUCUCAUGGACGGAACCUGGGCUGCCCUUUCCUUCCCUCUCAUGGGUCUUUGCCUCCUCAGGAGUUCCUGCCAGGUGCAGGGCUGCUUCUUGCAAGAGCUGUCCGACCCAGAAUCCCAGCACUCUAAGAAUUUCCGGAGAAGGAAGGGGGAGCUGGCCCAGAGCCUCUAUGAUUUCUACAACCGUUCGGUGUUUGAGCAAAAGGUACAGUGUUGUGAAAGGCUGGCCAGCCGGCCGGGCUCCCCUUGUCUGUGGCCAGCCUGGCCCUCAGCUCAGAAGUCAGGAGUGCAGCUCCAGGACCGGGUAGGAGCUAAGCUGCUUCUCCCCCUUGUCCUUUCAGUUGCCAGAGAAUAUGGAGAUUGUCUGGAACAAAAAGAUGCGGAAAACCGCCGGGUGCUGCGUGAGUGGCCAGCUGAAGGGCCCUGAGGGGCAGCGCUAUGCCCGGAUAAUGCUGUCAGAGAAAGUCUGUGACUCUGCAGGCAAGUGGGGGGAAGGGGUCUUCCUGGGGUCCUGAGGCUCUGUUGAGUUGCUGCAAGGCCAAUUCUGCAUUUCGAUGGCAGCGCACAGAUUCAGAAAGGAGUUUUGAGGUUGAAGAAGUAGAGGGGAGACUGGUGGUAUUAUUUUUAUUUCCUUGCAUCCAAAUCCCACCUUUCUUCAACCCUGGAGCCCGGGGGGGGGGGUGUCUAUGUGGCUCCCAGGCUGUCACCCAUCCAGGCACUGAUCAGGCUCAGAUUUGCUUGAUUUCAGUAAGGGUGGGGCCUUAUCCCAGGCCACCAGGCCACAUCCUGCAACCCACCAUAGUAGAGAACGUGUCUUGAUUACUGGCUUGGGGCAUUAUCCCAAGCAUUCCUCUUUGUAAACUCUAGUUUAGCGUUAAUGCCAUGCUGUAAAUCAAGACACCAGGGGUCACAAUGUAUUAACAGACCUGGACCAAGCGUGGCUUGCUGGAAGCAGGCAAAUUUGCAAGGCAGAUGCAGCCUGUCUUCCCUUGCCCUGCUGGUUUUCUGGUCUCCUGGAUAGGCUUCUUCAAGGAAGGGCAGUGCAAGGGAAGAAGAGUCACUCAAGGUGUGGGAAGGUGGUGAGUGGGCUAGGCGAUAUAUUGAUAUAUCAUCCAAAACCGGUUUGAAGUCCAUUUUGUGAUAUUGGUUUCAUAAUUCUUGAUCUGACUAUAUAUCGCAAAUCAUGUCUCUGUGUGUUAUGCAAAAAUUCUGAUGCGGGGGAAACUGUGGAGCCAGCCCUGGUGGUGAGCCUGGUGCAUGUGCGCCUGCGCAUCAACUGGAAUCAGGUCUCCUUGCUCCAUGACUCUCCUGUCUUGCGCAGAUCGACUUCGGGACACUCUGAUCCACGAACUGUGCCACGCAGCUGCCUGGCUGAUCCACGGGGUCCGAGACGGCCAUGGCCGGUUUUGGCGCUUAUAUGCAAAGAAGUCGGCUGUGGUCCACCCAGAGCUCCCAGUGGUGUCGCGAUGCCACAACUAUGAGAUCAAGUACAAGUUCACCUACGAGUGCUGCCGGUGCAAAAACACGUGAGUGAGGAUCGGGGCCUGUUCCUGGUGAGGCAUUUGAGCCCCGGUGUGCGUUGGGUGAUUUUAACCCUGAUCCCGGCUCAGCUAUUGCAGCUAGUCCUGAGUGAGACCCUUGUCCUGUUCUAAGAGUCUCUGCAUCUGCUAGUGACUCUAAGAAUCUCCCGCUUUCCAGGGCCCUGAUCCUGUAAGCCCUCAUGGUUUUGUGGGCUAACCCCACAGAAGGUGGUCAGACCCCACCCAUCCUGCCCCUCACUUCAGCUUUUGGAAUGAAGUUUGGAAGAUAUCCAGGUAUAUCGGAUUUUGCAGCCAGUGCCUUGUGAGGGAAGUGGGAGUGUGGGGCUGCCUCCUGGCCCCCAGGAAGAGCCGUCUUCACUCUUGAGCUCUGCCUCCUCAGCCCUUGAGUUCUACAUCAGCUUGGUCUCCGUGGUGAGGAUCAAGGGGAACGAGGGCUCAAGAGCUGAAGGAGAGCCAAGGGGCCCUUCUAGUCCACCCUCCUCAUCCCAGAUGCCCCCCAGGGAAGCCCCCCCGGCAGAAAGUGGAGAGGGGAAAGCUCUUCUCCCUCUCAUAACUCUAGAACCCGUGGACAUCCAAGGACAUGGGAAGAUUCAGGACAGGCAAAAGAAAGUAUUUCUUCACAUGGCACAUAGUUUGUGGAAUUCAUUCCCACAAGAAGUAAUGGCAGCCGCUACCUUGGGUGGCUUCAAAGGAGGACAAGUCGAAUACAUGGAGACUAAAAGCUCUGUUCUCCCUCCCCUGUCGGAGGCAGUAAAUACUCUGUUGGGAAUCACAAGUGGGGAGAUUUGCUGCUGCUGCUGUGCUCAGGUCCUGCUUCUGGAACUGAGGAGAACAGGAUGCGCCCCUUUGGCCAGAUUCCGCAGGCUCAUCUGACAUUCAGUACAAGGUGAACCAAAGCCCAUCCUCACCAGAUGCCUAACUUAAAGACUCUGCCUUAAGUGCCAGGCUAAAGUGCCCAGUGAGGAGGGCAUGGGCACCUCAUAGAAUCAUAGACCUCCCAGGGUGGGAGUCAUUGUAGCAAAAUAAAAGGGGUGCCAGAACCCCAAAAGUCCUCUGCCUCUCUUCUCACUGCCUUCUCCAUUGCUCAUAUAAACCCAAGGCCAGAGCUUGGCCUGGAUGACGGUCUCCCUAAUACUCUGCAGGAGGAGUAACAUCAUUUGGGGAUCAUGCAGGAGGACAGUAGAUAAGCACAUGUCAUGGUGGCUGCGGAAUUUGUCUUCCUGGGAAUCAUCGGGGAGAUUCUUGGCCUCAAGGUUGAAAGCAGCCUGCUGAGGCCUGCUGUCUUGGGCACAGCUGGGUGGCAACUGGUCCAGGGACCAGCUUGAAAUUGGCUCCCUCUUUGGGGCCUCCCUACCCAGAGAAACAACUCAUAGUUCCAGGGGAAUAGUUGGCGUUGCUUUUUCAAGAAGGGCUUCUGUUGACCAACCACUGAAUGUGUCCAGAUUGGCUUAUUGUGUGCCUGCUUUGGGCUCUGAUCUGCAGGAUCUUUUCAUGUGUAUGGGUGGGCUUCCAGUUGGGCAUCGGGAGUGCUGGCCAUGUGGCCUCUUGCUGAAUCCGGCUGCCAGUUAGUGGGUGUUGCUUACGGCCGCCUCCUGCGUCCGCCCGUCUGCUCCUCCCUCAGGCCGCCUCCUGUGUUUUUGCUUUCCAGGAUUGGGCGCCACUCCAAGUCUCUGGACACCCAGCGCUAUGUCUGUGCCCUUUGCAAGGGGCAGUUUGUGCUGUGCCAGCCCACGCGCAAGGAUGGCACACCAGCGAAAGCACCGCUCACGCCGUUUGCAAAGUUUGUGAAAGAAAACUACAGCUCUGCUAAGCACUCGCAGAAGGGGCUGAGCCACGGAGACGUCAUGAAGAAGCUCAGUGCAGAUUUUGCUGCCCAAGUUUCUCUCACCCCACAAGCGACUCUCCCACACUAGCAAAGGCUUGGGCAGCAGCUCCAGAGCCCUUUGCUGUACGUCUGGGAUGCUUUCCUUCCCAAGAAGCAACCAGGUGGUGCUGGGGCCACCUCCCCAGGAACUGCCGGGUCUCUUCUUCCCUUCUUCCCCCACUCCAAAUGUUUUUUACAAUCUUUGCGUGUCUGGUCUCAUUUGCCCAGGCGAUUAAAUCAGUUUGGUAACACAU